AUGCAGAUCCCGCCAGGACAGUUCAUCGCGCUCGUCGGUAGAUCGGGUUCCGGCAAGACCACGCUGCUGAACCUCAUGGCGGGCCUCGACAAGCCGACGUCGGGUACGAUCCUCUUCGAGGGCGAGGACCUCACCGAGAUGGGGGAAAAGGAGCUUACGAAUAUCCGCCGUCACAAGGUGGGGUUCGUCUUUCAGGCGUUCGGUCUGCUGCCGCUUCUUUCGGCGUUCGAGAACGUCGAGCUUCCGUUGAGGAUCUCGGGAUACGGCGUGCGCGAGCGCGAGGAACGGACGAGAGAAGCGCUGGGGAUUGUCGGGCUGCUCCCGCGCGCAAAUCACCGACCGUACGAGCUAUCGGGCGGCGAGCAGCAGAGAGUCGCCAUCGCUCGCGCCAUCGUUACGAGGCCGCCACUCAUCCUGGCUGAUGAGCCGACGGGCGAGCUCGACUCGACGAACGCUCAGUCGAUCUUCGGACUCUUCCGCGAAAUGGUGGAGACGCACGGCAUCACCGUGGUCGCCGCGACGCACGACUCGACCCUGCUCGCAAUGGCCGACCAGGUGAACGAGAUGCGAGACGGCAGCAUCGUGGGACACCUCGUAGGCGACGACCUUCAGAGCCGGCUGGAGGACAUUCAGGCGAGUCGAUAUCGCGAUAGGCCAUCUGUCGACGUUGACGAGGGCGGCGACGAAUCCGAAGACUCCGAUGACGCAUCGACGGACCAGCCCGAACCGUCCGGACCUCAAGAGUCAGAUGAAGCUGCCGACGACACAGCCGAGACCACUGGACAGGACGACGACUACAUCAGCCGCUUCCGCCGGCCGACCGACAGUAGCCUACAAGAUGCGUCUCAGCUGACCGCCCGCGUUCCGUAG